CUUCAAAAUCAAAAAAAGAGAAAAUCCACAGAUUCACAUAAAAACGCUCUCUCUCCAACUUGCUUUCUUCAUUCCCCAUUUUCUCUCUCUCUCUCUCUCUCUCUCUCUCUCUCUCUCUCAAAUCUUCAAUCAGAGAGAGACACACACAUUCACAUACUCAUAAUCCUUCAACUGGGUUCUUCUCUUUGAUUUUGUUUUUCUCAUUUUUCUGCAAUGUCCGCCGCACCAGCACCAUCUUCGCCGCCGUCAACCCCGGCCGCACCACCACCUACAACACCCUCCGCGCCCCCUCCUGCUACACCUUCAUCGCCUCCGCCGGCCACUCCCUCUGCUCCGCCGCCGGCAACCCCCUCUGCGCCGCCGCCGGCUACACCCUCAUCAUCGCCGCCGCCGGCUACUCCCUCGUUGUCUCCACCUUCGCCUUCUCCUCCGGCUCCUACUACGCCGGAGGCUUCUCCACCGUCGACAUCUACGCCGGGCGGCGGCACUACUCCGAGUCCACCGUCUCGUAGCUCUCCCUCCCCUCCUCCUCCGACGAGUACUGGUAAAACGCCAUCAUCGCCGCCUCCGCCGGCGUCCAGGUCUUCUCCUUCUCCUUCACCUCCUUCGUCGUCGUCGAGCAUUUCGACCGGUGUCGUCGUCGGGAUCGCCGUUGGGGCAGUGGCGAUUCUCUUGGUGUUGAGCCUUCUCUGCAUAUGCUUUAGGAAGAAGAAGAGAAGACGUGAUGAGGAGUACUAUGUUCCUCCGCCGCCGCAGCAACAACAACCAUGGGGACCCAAAAAUGAACCGUAUGGUGGCCCUCCACGUAACUGGCAACACAAUGCUCCCCCUCCUUCAGAUCAUGUAGUCUCAAUGAUGCCUCCGAAGCCAUCACCUCCAGUUCCUCCCCCUGUUGCUUCACGACCGCCAUCCAAUUCAUCUUCGUCACUUUACUCUGCACAACCGCCACCGCCUCCUCCUUUCAUGAACAGCAGUGGAGGGUCUGGAUCAAACUAUUCUGGUGGUGAACCACUUCCACCUCCUUCUCCAGGCAUGUCAUUGGGAUUCUCGAAGAGCGCAUUUACAUACGAGGAGUUGGCUCGGGCAACGGAUGGCUUCACCGAUGCCAACCUCCUUGGAUCAGGUGGAUUUGGAUACGUGCACAGAGGAAUCCUCCCCAAUGGCAAGGAGGUUGCUGUGAAGCAGCUGAAGGCUGGAAGUGGGCAAGGGGAGCGUGAAUUUCAAGCUGAAGUCGAGAUUAUUAGCCGUGUUCAUCACAAACAUCUUGUCUCUUUGGUUGGAUACUGCAGCACUGGGGCCCAGAGGCUCCUUGUUUAUGAAUUUGUCCCCAACAAUACAAUGGAAUUCCAUUUACACGGAAAAGGGCGGCCUACCAUGGAUUGGCCCACGAGACUACGAAUUGCUUUGGGAUCUGCAAAAGGGCUUGCAUAUCUUCAUGAAGAUUGUCACCCUAAGAUCAUCCAUCGCGAUAUUAAAGCUGCUAACAUCCUUCUGGAUUUCAAGUUUGAAGCAAAGGUUGCAGAUUUUGGUCUAGCGAAGUUUUCUUCUGACCUCAACACUCAUGUUUCUACGCGAGUGAUGGGAACUUUUGGGUAUCUGGCUCCAGAAUAUGCUGCCAGUGGAAAACUUACAGACAAAUCGGAUGUUUUCUCCUAUGGAGUCAUGCUCCUUGAGUUAAUAACUGGACGGCGACCAGUUGAUAAAAAUCAAACUUACCAGGACGAUAGUUUGGUAGAAUGGGCUAGGCCUUUGCUCACACGUGCUUUGGAAGAGGAUGAUUUUGAUUCUCUUAUUGACCCGAGGAUCCAGAAUGAAUAUGAUCCUAAUGAGAUGCUUCGUAUGGUAGCAUGUGCUGCAUCUUGCACACGUCAUUCAGCUAAGCGUCGACCAAGGAUGAGCCAGGUCGUUCGUGCUCUGGAAGGAGAUGUGUCUCUAUCAGAUCUUAAUGAAGGAAUAAGACCUGGACACAGCACUGUCUACAGUUCUCAUGAAAGCUCAGAUUAUGAUACUUCACAAUACAAGGAAGACAUGAAGAAGUUCAGAAAAAUGGCAUUGGGAACUCAGGAUUAUGGUGCCAGCAGUGAGUACAGUGCGGCUACGAGCGAGUACGGUUUAAACCCAUCCGGCUCAAGCAGCGAAGCCCAGAGCCUCCAGCACACACGGGAAAUGGAAAUGAGAAAGUUGAAGAACAGUCAAGGUUUCAGUGGAAGCUCUUGAUCCCUGACCAAAUUGUUUGCUUUUUUUUUUCUUGUAUAAAAUCUGUCUUUGAUUUAUCACUUAUGUCACAGUUGAUUUUGCUUAACUGACAUGUUGGAGUGGCUUACCAAUUUUAUUGGCAAUUUUUUUCCUCACAUCUUUUGAAUUGUAUUUAUCAGGGUAUACAACAUAAUGACACAAUUUGAUUCUUUCA